CCCCCCCCCCUCCGAUCUCCGCCUGUCGGCUCCCUUUCCCCGUCGCGUCCACGUCCAUUUCCCUGAUGUUCUCCCUGCAGCUCCGGUCGGCCGCCGGCGACUCGGACCACGCCGCCCUGGAGAAGCUCCUGGCCGGCCAUCCGGUUGACGCCAUCGAUGACACCGGGGCCUCGAUUCUCCACUACACCGCGUGGUCCGGCUUCACUUCGCUGCUGAGGUCCACCCUGCUGGCAUUGGCCAGCUCGACGGGCCGAACGGCUGUCCCUGGGGCCACUGCUCCGGGCCCAAAUGCCGAUCGGGUGUUUUACCGGUCCGCGGUGGGGACCUUCGCGGCUGAGACCCCCCCUCCGGCCCCCCGGCUGAAGGAGCUCCUCGAGCAGCGCACCGAGGACGGCCAGACGGCUCUGCACAUGGCGGCCCUGUACGGCCGGGCCCCGGCCGUGCGCAUGCUCCUCUGCCUCGGGGCCGAUCCCAAUGUCCAGGACAAUCUUGGCGCCACCCCGCUGCAUAUGGCCAGCGAGUGCAAGCGCGCCACCUCCGGCUGGGAGGGCGGCGGCACCAGCGCCCCGCCGCAGCAGAACCACCUCCUCUGCGUGGCCUACCUGCUGGAGGCCGGGGCUUCCACACAGCCGGAGGACCUGCUCGGUCGCCGCCCCGUGGAUAUGGUUUUCCUUGGCUCGCAUGCCGAGCUGAUCAAGAUGCUGCUGGACUUCGCAUCGGACGAUCGUGCCAAGCUUCCGACCUCUUUCUUGGCGGUGCCCGGCCAGUCGCCCACCUCGCCGCGGGCCUUCGACUCCUACGACCUGCCUUGCCUGCUGGCCAGUCCGGAUGUCGCCCGCUGGACCAGGGAGACCGUCUAUCGCUGGGCCGAGCAGCAGCACCUCGCAUCAAUCGUCAAUUUCAGCCCCUCUACCGGCAUCGAUGGGGCCCGGUUGUUGGCCAUGUCGGACGUGUCCUUUUCGGAGCUGGUGUCCGGCGGGACGGCCAACGUCACCCGGGCUCUGGCCCAGCUGGCCGCCCUGCGUGCCUGGUACGCACUGUUCCGUGCCUCACAGCGCCAGGUCCUGGCCAUCGGUGUCUGCCCCUCGGCACCGGACCCCCUGGCAUCGGCCAGCGCGUCCGGCUCUGCCAAUCAGUCCUCCAGCACCUUUAGCAGCAUCGCCUCCAGUGGCCCACGGCCUUCGGCGCCCGUGAGUUUGGCCUCCAUCGGCCGUGGCGGCGGCGGCGGCGGCGGCGGCGGCGGCGGCGGCGGCGGCGGAAGCACCGGGUCUCGGUCCCCCUAUUCCAACUUCAGCUCUUCCAUCAUCGAGUUCCUGCGCCUGCCGCCCCAGGCAUCCAGCACGCGGGACAGCUUCUUCCUGCGGCUGCCUUCCUCCAUUCCCCGGGUGUCGACGGUGGCUUCCACCGCGCGGGUCAGCCUGCACAAUGACUGUGCCUUCCCGGUGUACCUGGCGGAGGUCACCCCCCCGGCCCCCUUCAGGCCCUCCGGCAUCGGCACCUCCUCCUUCUCCACGUCUGUGGCCUCCAUGCCGAGCCCCACGGCAUCAUCGUCCUUUGCGCCGCUCACGCGUGCCACCACCUCCUCCGGAUUCUCGCCCUCCACUCUCUCCGCUUCUUCCACCUCCUCGGCCUACAGCCCCUCCUCUUCCUCCUCCUCCACCGCCUACAUUCCCUCGACCUACGCGUCGUCCUACACGUCGGCCAUUUCGAAUGUCCCGGCCCAGCCGGAGUUCACCCUCUCGACUCCGGUGCUCGUUCCGCCCGGGACCGUGCACACGGCCACCCCCCAUGAGGGGGUUAUCUUCCAGGUGUCCGCUUGCCGGCCGAGCGACCUGGUUGAUGUCGCGGCCCCCCGGGUCAUCGGAUAUCUGCGGGUGCGGUUCCCGGAAACGCGUUUCUUCUGCUCGGACGUCUUCCAUCCCGAGCUGGAUGCCGCCGGGGAGGCCAUCCUCCGUGCUGGCGGGGCCUCGGGCGAGGAGGCGACCGCCGGCAGCGCCGACAGUGCCAAGGCCCAGUCCUUCGGCGCGCCUACCUACACCACCACCCAGUCCUCUGGAGCCUUUGUCUCGCGCUGGUCCAGCAACUCGCAGCUUCUCAGCCCCACCGGCCCGCCCGUGUCUUCCUCUUUUGCCCCUUCGUCGGUGUCUUCGCCGGCCACGGCCGAGGCAUCGGGCAUGCCCCCGCCGCCCUCCUAUGAGGAUGUCAUGGGCAACGACCUCAGCCGUAUGAAGCUUUGAGCCGAUGUGUGGCGGCCCCUGUCCCGGGCAUAGCCGGCUGGCUUUCCCGACGAGACUCCCCCCACCUGCUUCUGGCAUACAUUCACUCGGCAAAUGUACAACCAUUCUCCCCCCUCGCUUUCCCCCGGUUUGCAGCCCUCAUCAGGCAGCAAGCGGGUCUGCUGAUCCUCAUCCCUGGCCUGUGGCUCUCCCUCUCUCUCUUCCUCUCUGUCUUUCUCUCUCUUCCUCUCUCUCUCUCUCUCUCUCAC